AUGGCGCAACGAAAGCUACAACAAGAGAUUGACAAGACGUUCAAACGAGUGGCCGAAGGUGUGCAGGCAUUCGAAGGCAUAUACGACAAGCUGCAACAAUCGACAAAUCCCUCACAGAAGGAAAAGCUCGAGGACAACCUGAAAAAGGAGAUCAAGAAGCUACAGAGGUCGCGAGAUCAGAUCAAAGCAUGGGCUGCCCAGAAUGACAUCAAGGACAAGAAACCAUUGCUAGAUCAGCGCAAGCUGAUCGAGACGCAAAUGGAAAAGUUCAAGGCCGUCGAAAAGGAAAUGAAGACAAAAGCCUUCUCCAAAGAAGGACUAUCCGCCGCCGCAAAGCUCGAUCCGAAAGAGAAGGAGAAACUGGAGAUAUGCGACUUCUUGGGGAAUAUGGUCGAAGAGCUGGAACGACAAAUUGAGGUCACAGAAGCCGAGGCCGAAACAUUACAAGCGAACAUGAAGAAGGGCAAGAAGGAUACAGCAAAGGCCGACCGGAUAGCAGAGCUCGAACGCAUGGCCGAACGACAUAAAUGGCACCAAGGGAAGCUCGAGCUAUUACUACGGUCACUGGAGAACGGCGGCGUGGACACGGACCAAGUCAAGGACAUUGAAGAGGGCAUCAAGUACUAUGUCGAGAACAACCAAGAGGUCGACUUUAUGGAAGACGACACCAUCUACGACGACCUGAAUCUUGACGCCGACGAGCAAAUGUUCGGCUUGCAGGGUGAGGAUGAUCGCGUGUCCUCACAGGACAACCAAUCGCAACACGACGAUACACCGGACCUGCCCGAGCCGCCAACCAAGGUUGCACAGCCUACACCGGCGAAGCUCACCAAGCAGUCAUCAGUCGAUAUUCCCAGCGCCCAACCGAGGAGGUCGUCAGUACAGCUCAAGUCGCCGUUGCCUGCCUUGGCCACGUUGCAUGCUUCGAUACCGAGUAGCGUGAAUGGCAGCGCGCCGCCGGGCAUGAAGCCCGCUCCCUUGCCGAAUAUACCAACUGGUCAAACUCUGAAGUACGCCUCGGCUGCUGCUGCCGCUGCCGCGAGCGACAAGAGUGGUGUUGGAAUUGCUCCUCUGCCGCCGCCGCCAGGGGCUACCGCUGCAACUGCCCGUACCAGCUCGACUGCCUCCCCCGCUCCGACCCCUUCACAACCAGUCGCCCAACAGCCCUCGCCCGUACAGCCCCCGCCGCCUACCCCCGCCAAGCCGCAAGAACCUCCGGCAAAGACUCCCUCGCCUGCUCAAGAGCCUACUCCACCUGCCCCGGAGCCCAAGGUCAAGAAGAGCGCGAAGCAAGCACAACAACCAUCGCAGGACUCUGGCGUCGCUCUUACAAAUGGCGAGUCUUCUAGGCAACAGAAGCAACCUCAGCAGCAACCACAACAAGAGGAGGAGGAAGAGCAAGAAGAUGUGUCCUACUACCAUCUGCCGGAAAGCUUGAGCGAUUUGCUCGAAUCUUUCACUACCACAAAGGAGCGCGCAUUUUCGGCGAAUCCCCAAGUACCCGAGGACCACCUGCUGUCUUUGUCGCGGAGUAGCAUGCCGACACCCAUGGACGCCGAGAAGCCCUACCACUACAAGCCAGCAUCGCCCUAUGCUUACACACCGGCUCACUAUCCCCAGGAGCCUCUUACCGUGUUUGACGACCCACGACUGUACAGUAGAAUCGAGACGGAUACACUGUUUUACGCCUUUUACUACCGCCAGGGCACUUACCAGCAGUUCCUGGCUGCAAAGGCAUUGAAGAGUCAAAGUUGGCGCUUCCAUAAGCAGUACCAAACCUGGUUCCAACGACACGAAGAACCUAAGAACAUCACCGAGGAGUACGAACAAGGAACAUAUCGCUUCUUCGACUACGAAAGCACAUGGAUGAACCGUAGAAAGGGCGAUUUCAAGUUUGCUUACAAGUUCCUCGAAGAUGAGCUCUAA